AUGAUGGUUGGGGGUGCGAAUGGUAGAAAUGCAAUAGUUCUUGAUGUGUUGCAUUCAUUUGGCUUCCAGCACUAUCAGUUCCAGGAUGCUAACUUCAGGUAUCUGGAUGAAAACAAAUCACUGAUUCUGAAGAUUGUUGAGAGCCAGAACUCAGGGAAACUGAGUGAGUGCGCCGAGAACCAAGCCAGGCUUCAGCGAAACCUAAUGUACCUUGCUGCUAUUGCUGAUUCUCAACCUCAACCACCUACAAUGCAUUCUCAGUUCCCUCCUGGAGGAAUUAUGCAGCCUGGAGCGCACUACCUGCAGCACCAACAAGCUCAACAAAUGACACCACAAUCGCUUAUGGCUGCACGGUCAUCUAUGUUGUACAGCCAACAGCAACUUUCCUCACUGCAACAACAGCAAGCCUUGCACAGCCAUCUUGGAAUGAGCUCUGGAGGUAGUAGUGGACUUCAUAUGCUGCAAGGGGAGGCUACUAGUGCUGGAGGCAGUGGGGCACUUGGGGGUUUUCCCGACUUUGGCCGUGGCACAGCAGGGGAUGGCUUGCAGGCUACUGGAAGGGGAAUGCUUGGUGAGAGUAAGCAAGAUAUUGGGAGUGCCGGGUCUUCUGAAGGGCGCGGUGGGAACUCAGGAGGUCAUGGUGGAAAUGGGGGCGAGGCCCUUUACUUGAAAGCUACUGAAGAUGGAAACUGAGAGGUAAGGAUGGAACUUCUGAGUUGGUAACAUCUGAACUUGGGAACAUUUAGUUAGGGUUAAAUCUAGGAGAAAGUGUGAAAACCCUUGCUGCUUAAUGGACUUGUUAUCUUGUGUGAAGCAAGAGAAUUAACUUAUAAGCCAUGGAUUAGUGUUUUAAGUGCAGUGUAUCAUGUAAAUUUGUAGGCCAUUAUGAUCUGAUCUUGUGCUAUGGUCUUGCUUAGUUCUAUUUCCUGGCUGCUUUUGUCCUCUUAAUUUCUUUGUGGAUUAUCAUUAUUGGCCAAUGGUAAAUUCCUUUCACAUGUUCUUGAAAUUUGGGUUGGCUUAAAAUCAAAUUAUUUUCAGUAUUGGGAAUCUGGG